AUGUCGUCCUUUCUAGACACUCCUCUCCGCACGGGCACCAAAUAUUUCCGAACUGCUCGUUACUUUACUCGCGAUCAACGCAAGGCCAACGUCCUCCUCACGCGGUCCUUCUCCUCGACCCUGCGCCGAAAUGAAAUCAACAAGAUUGUCCCGUCGGCCGAAGAAGCCAUCAAGGACAUGAAGUCCAACAGCACCUUGUUGUGCGGUGGUUUCGGUCUGUGCGGUGUCCCCGACACGCUCAUCGACGCCGUCGCCCAGAAACCCUCCAUCACCGGAUUGACGGCCGUCUCCAACAACGCAGGUAUCCCGGGGGCCGGCCUGGGGCAACUCCUGUCGUCCAAGCAGAUCCGCAAGAUGAUCGCGAGUUACGUCGGGGAGAACAAGGUCCUCGAGCAGCAGUACCUGACGGGCGAGAUCGAACUCGAACUCACCCCACAGGGGACGCUCGCGGAGAGGUGCUCCGCCGGGGGCAAGGGCGUGCCCGCCUUCUACACGCCCGCGGCGUUCGGCACGGUCGUCCAGACCGGCGAGAUCCCCCUGCGGCACAACGCCGACGGGAGCAUCGCGUCGUUCGGCAAGCCCCGGGACGUCAAGGUGUUCAACGGCAAGAGCUACGUCAUGGAGGAGGCCAUCCAGGGGGACUACGCCUUCGUCAAGGCCUACAAGGCCGACAAGCUGGGCAACGCCCAGUUCCGCCUGGCGGCCAACAACUUCAACGGCGCCAUGGGCCGCAACGCCCGGGUCACCAUCGUCGAGGCCGAGCACAUCGUCGAGGUCGGGGAGAUCGACCCGGUGUCGGUGCACCUGCCCGGCAUCUACGUGACCAAGGUCAUCCAGAGCACGGCCGAGAAGAAGAUUGAAAAGUUCACCUUCCGCAAGGAGGGGGGCGCCGACGUCGCGGACGGCCUCGGCAAGGGCGACGCCGCCAGCAAGCGCGAGCGGAUCGUCAAGCGCGCCGCGCUCGAGUUCAAGAACGGCAUGUACGCCAACCUGGGCAUCGGCAUGCCCAUGCUCGCGCCCAGCUUCGUCGACCCUUCGGUCGAGGUCCAGCUCCAGUCCGAGAACGGCAUCCUGGGCCUGGGCCCCUACCCCAGGAAGGGCGAGGAGGACGCGGACCUGAUCAACGCCGGCAAGGAGACCGUCACCCUGAACCCCGGGGCCAGCUGCUUCGGCUCGGAGGAGAGCUUCGGCAUGAUCCGCUCGGGCCGCAUCGACAUGAGCAUGCUGGGGGCCAUGCAGGUCUCGGCCCGCGGCGACCUGGCCAACUGGAUGCUGCCCGGCAAGGUCAAGGGUUUCGGCGGCGCCAUGGACCUGGUCUCCAACCCCGAAAAGACAAAGGUCGUGGCCCUGAUGGAACACACCGACAAGAAGGGGAACCCCAAGAUCCUGAAACAGUGCGAGUUCCCCCUGACCGGCCGCGCGUGCGUCAGCAGGAUCAUCACCGAGUUGGCCGUCUUCGAUGUCGAUUUCACCGACGGUUUGACCUUGAUCGAGGUGGCGGACGGUGUGACGGUCGAAGAAGUAAAGAGCAAAACCGAGGCACCAUUCAAGGUCUCUGACAACCUAAAGACCAUGGGUUCGGCAUAA